AGAUAUCAUGCGUAAUGUCUUAUUCAACAAAUUUAUCUUCAAAUUGAAAGUGAAAGAAGAGAUGUUUAGCGAUGAACAGCGCGUUAAGUCAACAGUGGUCAAAGCAGAGAAGCUGAACUUCCAAUCAGAGAUCCGGUUUCUGUUGGAUUUGAUAGACAAGAACAAUGGGCAGGAAUCCAGUACUCUGCCUCCUAAGACAGAUAAUGCAACUCCAACUUCAGUGUAUAAUAAUGCUGGAUUUGGGAGUAGAACCAUAGAACCGAUGAAUCCUGUUGCAAAUUAUGGUGGCAGCAAUAGCAGUAUCAGCAGAGAAAGUGGACUGCAGGGAAAUCAGCAAGGUCAAUACGGAAAUCAGUUUACUGGCUCGCAGUUUGCUCCACCUGGUUCUACAGGCAUGUAUAUGAGCUGUAAUAGUUGUGGUGGAACAGGCCAUAGUGCUUCAAACUGUCCAAGCAUCAUGAGUGGUCAGGGCCAGGCAUAUGGAGGUGGCUUUGGCAAUAGGGUAACUUCAGGAAUGAGCAGUGAUGGUGCUUCCGGUGAGUGCUAUAAAUGCCAUCAGUUUGGACAUUGGGCAAGAGAUUGCCCAGGUGUAAGCAAUGCACCCCCUGCCACUAACAUGACUCCUGCUUCAGGAAUGAGCAGUGGUGGUGCUUCCGUUGAGUGUUAUAAAUGCCAUCAGCUUGGACAUUGGGCAAGAGAUUGCCCAGGUGUAAGCAGUGCACCCGCUGCCAAUAACAUGACUCCUGGAAGAUAUGGGAAUCCUCCAAGGCAACGUGUUGGUGGAUUUUGAUCAACCUUUGAGCAUAUAAAGUUGUCCUGUGCGGGUAGAUGCCUUCUCUACGUGACUACUUGGGGCUGAAAUUUUGCGCUAGUGUUCCUGGAUGCCUGGGCUUAAAGUUGUCUUCAGUUUUGAGGAGCGACAUGUUUUUGCUCUUCCCUGUAAAUUAUUUCCUGUUUAAGUUUUUCUUGAUCUCUUUUAUUGUUCUUUUUAGGUAAUCCGUCUUUGUGGUUUCGUCCUUUUUAGAGCAAAAUUCCUGUGUUAUAGUGUAGACUGCUAUAUUAAUGUUACUUAUUUAUCUUUUUUCA